UCCCAACCCGCUCCGCUACCGCCGCUCCUCCCUAGUCUUUAUCGGCUAUAUCAGGGAACAUGCGUCACCGGGAACCACUUUUAUCCACGUUUAAUGAAGAAUUAUUGUCCAGAGAGUGAAGUUAAUGUGACCAGAAGAAAGGAUAUCACUUUAUUUUCUGACUGAUACACCGGGCAGCUCCAUGAUACAGGCUACAGGUUCCUUCCUGGUCAUUCUGUCUCUUCCGUUUCCCUGUGUGUCCAGAGACACUUUUCAUUAUUCACACUUAAACACACAGCUUUUAUGAAACAGAGAAGAAUGGGGCUGAACGACUUUAUUCAGAGGCUGGCAACGAGCAACUCCUACACCUGCAAACAUCCUGAGGUUCAGUCCAUCGUCAACUUGGCUCCCCAACAGCAGGAGGCUGAGCUAAUGAACGCAAACCCCUCUCCUCCUCCCAGUCCCUCCCAGCAGAUGAACCUGGGCCCGUCCUCCAACCCCACAGCCAAGCCCAGUGACUUCCACUUCCUGAAGGUGAUAGGGAAGGGCAGCUUCGGGAAGGUCCUCCUAGCCAGGCACCGAACAGACGACCAGUUCUACGCUGUUAAGGUGCUGCAGAAGAAGGCCAUCCUGAAGAAGAAAGAGGAGAAGCACAUCAUGUCUGAGAGGAACGUCCUGUUGAAGAACAUUAAACACCCCUUCCUAGUGGGCCUACACUACUCCUUCCAGACCGCUGAUAAACUCUACUUUAUACUGGACUACAUUAACGGAGGAGAGUUGUUCUACCAUCUCCAGAGGGAGCGGCGUUUCUUAGAGCCUCGGGCCAGGUUCUAUACAGCGGAGAUCGCCAGUGCCCUGGGCUACCUCCACUCUCUAAACAUCGUGUACAGAGACCUGAAGCCUGAGAAUAUUCUACUGGACUCUCAGGGACACAUCAUACUCACGGACUUCGGCCUCUGCAAAGAGAACAUAGAACAGAACGGAACCACGUCAACGUUCUGUGGAACACCAGAGUACCUAGCUCCCGAGGUGUUACACAAGCAGCCGUAUGACAGAUCGGUGGACUGGUGGUGUUUAGGAGCCGUGCUUUAUGAGAUGCUGUAUGGCCUGCCUCCGUUCUAUAGUCGUAACACAGCAGAGAUGUACGACAACAUCCUGAACAAACCACUGCAGCUCAAACCCAACAUCUCUAACGCUGCCAAGCACAUACUGGAGGGACUGCUGCAGAAAGACCGCACGCAACGACUGGGACACAGCCACGACUUCGAGGAGAUCAAGAACCACAUGUUCUUCUCCCCCAUCAACUGGGAUGACCUGACCGCUAAGAAGCUCACCCCCCCUUUCAACCCAAACGUGACGGGCCCUAACGACCUUCGCCACUUUGACACGGAGUUCACAGACGAGCCCGUCCCCUCAUCCAUUGGCUGUUCCCCUGACUCCUCCCUCAUCACUGCCAGCAUCAAGGAGGCAGCCGAGGCCUUCCUAGGAUUCAGCUAUGCACCCUCUAUGGACUCAUACCUGUAGGAUAUGAUACCUGUAGGAUAUCAUACCUGUAGGAUAUCAUACCUGUAGGACAUCAUACCUGUAGGACAUCAUACCUGUAGGACAUCAUACCUGUAGGACAUCAUACCUGUAGGACAUCAUACCUGUAGGAUAUCAUACCUGUAGGACAUCAUACCUGUAGGACAUCAUACCUGUAGGAUAUCAUACCUGUAGGAUAUCAUACCUGUAGGACAUCAUACCUGUAGGACAUCAUACCUGUAGGACAUCAUACCUGUAGGACAUCAUACCUGUAGGACAUCAUACCUGUAGGACAUCAUACCUGUAGGACAUCAUACCUGUAGGAUAUGAUACCUGUAGGACAUCAUACCUGUAGGACAUCAUACCUGUAGGACAUCAUACCUGUAGGAUAUCAUACCUGUAGGAUAUCAUACCUGUAGGACAUCAUACCUGUAGGACAUCAUACCUGUAGGACAUCAUACCUGUAGGACAUCAUACCUGUAGGAUAUCAUACCUGUAGGAUAUCAUACCUGUAGGACAUCAUACCUGUAGGACAUCAUACCUGUAGGACAUCAUACCUGUAGGACAUCAUACCUGUAGGAUAUCAUACCUGUAGGACAUCAUACCUGUAGGACAUCAUACCUGUAGGAUAUCAUACCUGUAGGACAUCAUACCUGUAGGACAUCAUACCUGUAGGACAUCAUACCUGUAGGACAUCAUACCUGUAGGACAUCAUACCUGUAGGACAUCAUACCUGUAGGACAUCAUACCUGUAGGACAUCAUACCUGUAGGACAUCAUACCUGUAGGAUAUCAUAUCUGUAGGAUAUCAUACCUGUAGGACAUCAUACCUGUAGGAUAUCAUACCUGUAGGUAUCAUACCUGUAGUACAUCAUACCUGUAGUAUAUCAUACCUGUAGGAUAUCAUACCUGUAGGAUAUCAUACCUGUAGGACAUCAUACCUGUAGGACAUCAUACCUGUAGGACAUCAUACCUGUAGGCUAUCAUACCUGUAAGCCAGACCCCUAGAGGACAUCCUAUAGACUCCUAUAGACUCAUGAUAGACCAGAACCCUAGAGGACAUCCUAUAGACUCAUGAUAGACCAGAACUAUAGACUCUAUAAACUAUAAAGCUAUAAACCUCCAUGGACUGUUACCUAUAGGAAACAUCAUAGACAUUCCUAUGAAUUUACUAACUAGGAAGGACUCCCCAUGUCACGGAGGUACACACCUGUAGACCCCCCUUGUCCCCUCGUCCCUCCCUCUGACUCACAACGCACAACCUCUUCCCUCUCCAUGAUGGACUUGUACCCCCCUCAGACCCCCCUCCUCCCAAAUCCUAACCCAGAGUGGAGGUUAUUUUACACAUGUCUCAGGCAGCUUUAUGCACCCCCCCUUUCCUCCUCCCUACAACCCCCUUUCCUCCUCCCCUCUCUCUCCAUCACACUCGUCCAUUCUGACUCAUCCUGUCUCCCACUGACGGCUCAUGGCUGUGGGUGAAUCUCUAUGGGUCUGUCCCAAAUGGCACCCUGUUCCCUACGUAGUGAACCACUUGUGACAUCCUCACACAGGAUUGGUUGUCUUGUAGUCAGUGGGAGUGUCUGAAUGAGGCAGUUUCACACUGUUGUCCCUGAUUGGUUCGUCUGUCAUGACAUGACCUGCUCAGGGAUUCCACGCUGAAACGUCUCGACAAGUUCUGUUGUCUCUUCACUCUGGAUCACGUCGACUGAAACUGGACUCAGAGGAUGAUUAAUUUAUUAAUUUAAUGAUGAUUGGUUUAUUGAUUGAUUGAUUGUGGCGGUAGUGAGGAAGAAAGCAAAGCUGCUAGUAUCUACGGUUCUGUAUCUAAGUUCUGUUUUAAAGAACCUGGACCGAUACAAAGAGGACAUGGAGCGCAUCCCAAAAUGGCACCCUAUUCGCCAUAUAUAGUGCACUGCUUUUGACCAGGGCUCUGUCACUUUGGGAUCCAGGUGUGAUGGACAGAAUGCGUUGUGGUGUUGAGAUCCGUACGGUCCCCCUACUCCCUUUAGUCUUCCUGUCUCCUCUUGAUGAUGUAACAAUGCUCCAACGCUGUCUGAACUCAACAUUCCAUUUUAAUAAUCACUGUAUGCGACGGUUAAACGUUAUAUUUAAGUUUGUUUGUAUAUGUGGAGUCUAUUUGUGUACUAGUUUUAAUAUAUAUGUUAACAGGAAACUAAAGGUAUGCUUAAAUAAUGUAUUUUAACUAUUCAUGUUAAAUGUACUGUACAUUGUUUAGAUUUGUUCUUCUAUGUGACAAUGUUCAGUCUGCAAUAAAAAAAACUCUUCUGUUGUUA